AAACAACAACACAAUUUUAAUCCACACCACUAAACCAAAUAAUAUUAAACCAAUUGACUGUAGGUAAGAACAGACCAAAAUAUAACUCUUUUUUCAUUGUACAUCUGGUCAUUGCAGUCUCUAGUCAUGAUCAUGAUUUUAAGCUUGAUUACACUUCCUAGUGCUUGACGCAUGCAGAGCGCUAGGAAUUGUAAUCGAGCUUGAAAUCAUAAUUGUGCCUAGAGACUUCAAUGGCAGUAUUUAUAGUGAAAAAGGAGUCUGUUCUCACCCAAAACCAAUUAAAUUAGCUUCUGCGGACAUGGAUUAAACCACUGGAGUCAUGUGGACUACUUCAAUGCUGCCUUUAUGUGCUUUUUGGAACUUUAAAGUUUUGGUCACCAUUAACUUGCAUUGUAUGGACCUAAAGAGCUGAGAUAUUCUAAAAAUCUUUGUGUGUUCUGUAAAAAAAACGAAAGUCAUACACAUCUGGGAUGGCAUGAGGGGGAGUAAAUAAUGAGAGAAUUUUUAUUUUUGGGUGAACUAUCCCUUUAAGACAUUACCCACAGGAAAAAAAUUAAAAUCAACAUGUAGCAAAUGAUCAGAUUUAGCUGGAACAUUAUCAGAGGUAAAAUUACCAAUGAAACCAAAGCCCUCCCUUAGUGUGCGCACACAUGCACUCACAAUGCCACUGUACAUACACCCACUCCACUUAAGUUGACAUUCCUUUCCCAGAGAGUCCAAACUCCCAAAUCCCCAUGCAGAGACAAAGCCAAGUGCUAUGCCAGUCCAGAAUCUAUGAACUCAGAAGUCUCCAAGCACCCAGAAGUCAUCAGAUGCUUAUAGGAUCAGCGGCCAUUGUUCAUUAAGGAACAACCACAGAGGAAACAGCUAGAGAUUUCAGGGAUGGGUUCAAACCAUUUAACCAUCAUGAUAAAGAGGUUUGAGAACUAAACUUAGAGUCCGGUGCUGACAGCUGAAUCAAGACCAGUUCCAUUCACCUUCUACAAGUAGCUGCGAUUUAACAGAACCCAUAACAGAGCAGCGAGUGAAAGAGAGAGAGAGGGAGAUCAGGGGCUGGUCCCCCAUACACCAUUCAUUUUCAGCCCAAGGAGCACAGCGUGGUUCAGCGCCUGGGAAAAAAACCAAACAAAAUACUGUCUGGGAACAGAAGAACACACCACUCAGAAAAAGAGAGAGAGAGCAAGGGGAGGAGAACAAGCAAAAAGAAGGACAUAGAGAGAAGGAUGAGAGCACAUUGCAAGAUCUUUUGAUGUUGAACUUAGCAAAACCAAACAGAACCCUGCGCCCUUGCUCGUGUUUGUGGAAUCAGAGUGCAGGGGCAUUCGCUGCAUGUUUUACUGAAUGGAGUUGAAUCUGCAAGAAGAGUGCUGAGAAGACCGUGAACUGCUGACCAGCUUCAAACAGAUGGAAGCUUCUAUCUGCAGAGGACACAAACUUUAGAGAGAGAAGAUGCUGCGGGAGCUGUUCAGCCGGCGCAGGCUGAAACACGAGCGACUGGAGGAGGAAGUGGAGGUGCGAUUCAAAGGGAAGCUGGUCUCUGAGAAAGAGCUGGGCUACACGCAUUUGCAGCCGGGAGGCUCCAACUACUCCAGUCCAUCGUUGGCUCCGGUUGCCAGUCUGAAUGAGGAUGAGCAUGUGGGGGGUGGGGGUGGUGUGCUGGGUCUUGCACCUGAACACAUUCCCACCCCUGGCGCCCCCCUCAGCUGGCAGGCUGCCAUUGACGCGGCACGGCAGGCCAAGCUGAUGGGCACCACUGGAGCCCAAAUUUCCACUGCGUGUUCUACACAGCGCAAACGCCAGCACUACACCAAACCCAAGAAACAGGCCAGCACUGCCUCAACACGCCCACCCCGAGCCCUUCUCUGCCUCACUCUUAAAAACCCCAUCCGCAGGGCGUGCAUCAGUAUCGUGGAAUGGAAACCAUUUGAAAUCAUAAUUUUGAUGACUAUUUUUGCAAACUGUGUGGCCUUAGCUGUCUACAUCCCUUUCCCUGAGGAUGAUUCCAACGCAACCAACUCCAACCUGGAACGGGUGGAGUAUCUCUUUCUGAUCAUUUUUACGGUGGAAGCGUUUCUGAAAGUGAUUGCGUACGGGCUGCUGUGUCACCCGAAUGCAUACCUGCGGAACGGCUGGAACCUGUUGGAUUUCAUCAUCGUGGUGGUAGGGCUUUUCAGUGCAAUAUUAGAGCAGGCCACUAAAGGGGAUGGUGGGACUUCAAUGGGAGGCAAGGCUGCAGGUUUUGAUGUAAAAGCUCUGCGAGCCUUUAGAGUGUUGAGACCUCUGAGACUCGUGUCUGGAGUUCCUAGUUUACAGGUGGUGCUGAACUCCAUCAUUAAAGCCAUGGUUCCCCUUUUGCACAUCGCUCUGCUCGUUCUGUUCGUCAUCAUCAUUUACGCAAUCAUCGGCCUCGAGCUCUUCAUGGGCAAGAUGCACAGAACCUGCUUCUUCUUCAGAGAUGGACACAAAGGUCCUAUAGCUGAGGAGAAGCCGGCCCCAUGCGCCCCAAGCUCUGCACACGGACGACACUGCUCGCCUCCCAACGUCACGCAGUGCAUGAUGGGUUGGGAGGGACCGAAUGAUGGAAUCACAAACUUUGAUAACUUUGCAUUUGCCAUGCUGACUGUGUUUCAAUGCAUCACAAUGGAAGGCUGGACGGACGUCCUGUACUGGAUGCAGGACGCCAUGGGUUAUGAGCUUCCGUGGGUCUAUUUUGUCAGUCUGGUCAUCUUUGGAUCCUUUUUCGUUCUAAAUCUGGUUCUGGGUGUGUUGAGCGGAGAGUUCUCAAAAGAACGAGAAAAGGCCAAAGCCCGUGGUGAUUUCCAGAAGCUUCGUGAGAAACAGCAGCUGGAGGAGGAUCUGAAGGGCUACCUGGACUGGAUCACACAGGCGGAAGAUAUCGACCCCGAGAAUGAUGAUGAAGGACUGGAUGACGAUAAGCCUAGAAAUUUGAGCAUGCCAGCCAGUGAAAAUGAGUCAGUGAACACUGAUAAUGCUCCAGCCGGUGAUAUGGAAGGAGAAACCUGCUGUACUCGCAUGGCAAAUAGGAUCUCCAAAUCCAAAUUCAGUCGUUAUUCUCGCCGGUGGAAUCGGUUAUGUCGGCGAAAGUGCCGUGCAGCAGUGAAAUCGAACGUGUUUUACUGGCUGGUGAUUUUCCUGGUAUUUUUGAACACACUAACCAUUGCCUCUGAGCACCACCAGCAGCCGGACUGGCUCACUAAUGUACAAGAUAUUGCCAAUAAGGUGUUGCUGGCUCUCUUCACCGGUGAGAUGCUGCUGAAGAUGUACAGCCUGGGCCUACAGGCCUAUUUCGUCUCCCUUUUCAAUCGCUUUGACAGUUUUGUGGUGUGCGGUGGGAUUCUGGAGACCAUCCUGGUGGAGAUUAAGGUCAUGUCACCUCUUGGCAUCUCUGUUCUGCGCUGUGUCCGUCUGCUCCGUAUUUUCAAGAUCACCAGGUACUGGAAUUCUCUCAGUAAUCUGGUGGCGUCUCUGCUGAACUCAGUGCGGUCGAUAGCUUCCCUGUUGCUGUUGCUCUUCCUCUUCAUCAUCAUCUUCAGUCUGCUGGGAAUGCAGCUCUUUGGCGGCAAGUUCAACUUCGAUGUGACGCGUCGCAGCACCUUCGAUAACUUCCCUCAGUCUCUCCUCACCGUCUUUCAGAUUUUGACAGGAGAGGAUUGGAACUCUGUGAUGUACGAUGGCAUCAUGGCGUACGGAGGGCCGUCCUUCCCUGGCAUGCUCGUCUGCAUAUAUUUCAUCAUCCUUUUCAUCUGCGGAAACUAUAUCCUCCUGAAUGUCUUCUUGGCCAUUGCCGUGGACAACCUUGCAGAUGCCGAGAGCCUGACAUCAGCACAGAAGGAGGAAGAGGAGGAGAAAGAGAGGAAGAAGCUGGCCAGAACGGCCAGCCCAGAGAAACGCCAGGACUCUGAGAAACCUCCGCUGGAGAAUGAAAAGAAAGAGGAGAAGAUUGAGCUAAAAUCCAUCACCUCAGAUGGAGAAACACCAACUGCCACCAAGAUCAACAUAGAUGAAUACACAGGUGAAGAAAAUGAGGAGAAGAAUCCAUAUCCUGUGAAUGAUUUCCCAGGAGAGGAGGAUGAUGAACCAGAGAUGCCAGUGGGUCCUCGUCCACGACCACUCUCAGACAUUCAGCUGAAGGAGAAAGCUGUCCCCAUGCCAGAGGCCAGAGCUUUCUUUAUUUUCAGCCCCUCUAACAAGUUCAGGGCUUUGUGUCAUAAGAUUGUAAACCACAACAUCUUCACCAAUUUAAUUCUGUUCUUUAUACUGCUGAGCAGUAUUUCACUGGCAGCCGAGGACCCAGUGAAGAAUGACUCAUUCAGGAAUCAGAUUCUAGGCUAUGCAGAUUAUGUGUUUACAGGGAUCUUCACCAUAGAGAUCAUAUUAAAGAUGACAGCUUAUGGAGCGUUCCUACAUAAGGGUUCAUUUUGUCGGAAUUAUUUUAAUAUUCUGGAUCUGGUGGUGGUCAGUGUGUCUCUGAUCUCCUCUGGAAUUCAGUCAAGUGCCAUUAAUGUAGUGAAGAUUCUCAGAGUGCUGAGAGUAUUGAGGCCCCUAAGAGCAAUCAACAGAGCCAAGGGCCUCAAACACGUGGUCCAGUGUGUGUUUGUAGCCAUCCGCACCAUCGGGAAUAUCGUCAUCGUCACCUCUUUGCUGCAAUUCAUGUUUGCCUGCAUUGGUGUUCAACUGUUUAAGGGCAAAUUCUUUUACUGCUCAGACACCUCAAAACAGACACAGGCAGAGUGCAGGGGGUUCUACAUACAGUACAAAGAUGGGAAUGUUGGCAAGCCAGAGAAAGCUCAGCGUACUUGGGAGAACAGUGACUUCAACUUUGAUGACGUCCUGAAGGGCAUGAUGGCUCUGUUUGCUGUGUCCACCUUCGAGGGUUGGCCAGGACUCCUCUACAGAGCCAUAGACUCCCAUUCAGAGGAUGUCGGCCCAAUCUACAACUACCGUGUGAUCAUCUCCAUAUUCUUCAUCGUCUACAUCAUCAUUAUCGCCUUCUUCAUGAUGAACAUAUUUGUAGGUUUCGUCAUUGUGACAUUUCAGGAGCAGGGAGAGCAAGAGUACAAAAACUGUGAGCUGGACAAGAACCAGCGUCAGUGUGUGGAAUAUGCCCUGAAGGCCCGCCCCCUGCGCAGAUAUAUCCCUAAGAACCCAUAUCAGUACAAGGUUUGGUAUGUGGUGAACUCCACCUACUUUGAGUACCUGAUGUUCACCCUCAUCCUGCUCAACACCAUCUGCCUGGCCAUGCAGCAUCAUGGUCAAUCUCAGUCCUUCAACAAAGCCAUGAAUAUCCUCAAUAUGUUGUUCACCGGCCUCUUCACUGUGGAAAUGAUCCUCAAACUCAUCGCAUUCAAACCCAGGGGUUACUUUAGUGACCCCUGGAAUGUUUUUGACUUCCUCAUCGUAAUUGGCAGCAUUAUAGACGUCAUUCUGAGUGAGAUCAACCAUUAUUUUGUUGAUGCAUGGAACACGUUUGAUGCCCUUAUUGUAGUGGGUAGUGUUGUUGAUAUAGCCAUCACAGAGGUUAACCCAGCUGACCCCUCCUCCUCUCCCCCCUCCUCUGUGGUAAGACCAAUGGGCCUCCAAAACACUGAAGAUAACGCCAGGAUUUCAAUCACCUUCUUUCGGCUGUUCCGCGUGAUGAGGCUGGUGAAGCUCCUGUCUCGGGGAGAGGGCAUUCGGACGCUGCUCUGGACCUUCAUUAAAUCCUUUCAGGCUCUUCCCUAUGUUGCUUUGCUUAUCGUAAUGCUAUUCUUCAUCUAUGCCGUCAUUGGAAUGCAGAUGUUUGGUAAGAUUGCCCUGAGGGAUAACAGCGAGAUAAACCGCAACAACAACUUUCAGACGUUUCCACAAGCUGUUCUGCUGCUCUUCAGGUGUGCUACAGGGGAGGCAUGGCAGGAAAUCAUGCUUGCCUGUAUGCCAAACCGUCCAUGUGACAAGGGGUCAGAGGUCGGCCCUCCCAGUGAAGACUGUGGCAGCCAUUUUGCCAUAUUCUACUUUGUUAGCUUUUAUAUGCUUUGCGCCUUCCUGAUCAUUAACCUUUUUGUAGCCGUCAUCAUGGACAACUUCGACUAUUUAACGCGUGAUUGGUCGAUUCUGGGGCCACAUCACCUGGAUGAGUUUAAGAGGAUAUGGGCAGAAUACGACCCUGAAGCCAAGGGUCGGAUAAAGCACCUGGACGUGGUGACGUUACUGCGCAGAAUUCAGCCUCCCCUCGGAUUUGGAAAACUUUGCCCACACAGAGUGGCUUGCAAGCGACUUGUGUCAAUGAACAUGCCUCUCAAUAGUGAUGGAACGGUGAUGUUCAAUGCAACUCUAUUUGCCCUAGUGAGGACGGCCCUGCGUAUCAAAACUGAAGGUAACCUGGAGCAAGCGAAUGAGGAGCUUAGGGCCAUCGUGAAGAAGAUCUGGAAGAGGACGAGCAUGAAGCUGCUGGACCAAGUUGUUCCCCCUGCUGGAGAUGAUGAAGUAACGGUGGGGAAGUUCUAUGCCACAUUCCUCAUUCAGGAAUACUUCAGGAAGUUUAAGAAACGCAAGGAACAGGGCCUGGUGGCCAAAAUUCCUCCAAAGACUGCUCUUUCUUUGCAGGCUGGCCUGCGUACACUGCAUGAUAUGGGUCCUGAGAUCAGACGAGCGAUAUCAGGAGACCUGACGGUAGAGGAGGAGCUGGAGAGAGCCAUGAAGGAAACCGUGUGUGCUGCUUCUGAGGAUGAUAUCUUCAGGCGAUCUGGUGGCCUCUUCGGUAACCACGUCAACUACUACCACCAAAGUGAUGGCCACACCUCCUUCCCUCAGUCCUUCACAACACAGCGGCCGUUGCACAUCAGCAAGUCCGGGAGCCCCGGUGAGCCCGAAUCUCCCUCUCAUCAGAAGCUCGUUGACUCCACCUUCACUCCGAGCAGUUACUCUUCCUCUGGAUCCAACGCAAACAUCAACAAUGCCAAUAACACUGCCAUUGGACAUAGAUACCCUAAACCUACCGUCAGCACAGUGGACGGACACACAGGGCCACCUCUCGCAACCAUCCCACUGCCACGGCCCACGUGGUGCUUUCCUAACAAGAGCUCUGAUUCCAGUGACAGUCGUCUCCCUAUAAUACCGCGAGAAGCAUCUACAGACGAGACGUAUGAUGAAACAUUUCUAGAUGAGAGAGAUCAGACCAUGCUCUCAAUGGACUUGUUGGAGUUUCAGGAUGAAGAGAGCAAGCAAUUGGCUCCCAUGGAAGAGGUGGAUGUGGGAGAGGAGAGGAGGCCAUGGCAAUCUCCACGGCGACGAGCAUUUCUCUGUCCCACUACACUGGGUCGACGGUCUUCCUUUCACUUGGAGUGUCUGAGAAAGCAGAGCAGACCUGAUGUUUCUCAGAAGACAGCACUACCACUGCACCUAGUACAUCAUCAGGCUUUGGCCGUGGCGGGGUUGAGUCCCUUGCUGAGACGGAGUCAUUCUCCGACUUUGUUCACGCGUCUGUGUUCUACACCCCCUGCGAGUCCGAGCAGCCAUAGUGGGGGAGGGCCGUGCUACCAGCCGGUUCCAUAUCUCCGGUUAGAGGGCAGCGGAUCGUACGAGAAGCUCAAUAGCAGCAUGCCAUCUGUGAACUGCAGCUCAUGGUACAGUGACAGUAAUGGCAACCACAGUGGGGCCGGGCAGAGGACACAGCGGCCUGUGUCCCUCACGGUUCCUCCAAUCACACGCAAAGACUCUACAUCCCUGGCACACGGGAGCGCCGGCAGCCUUGUGGAGGCGGUGUUGAUAUCUGAGGGUUUGGGUCGCUAUGCACAGGAUCCCUCCUUCAUCCAGGUAGCGAAGCAGGAACUUGCAGACGCCUACGACAUGACCAUGGAGGAGAUGGAGAACGCUGCCGAUAACAUUCUCAACGCCAAUGCCCCACCAAACGCCAACGGAAACCUGCUACCCUUCAUACAGUGCAGAGACACUGGUUUGCAGGAGUCUCGUUGCAGCCACGCACUGGGGCUCUCAACGGCCACAGGGUCAGAUGAGCUACUGGGGGCAGAGUUUGACCACUCUGAGGGGGAGGGGCAGCGGAACAGCACUCUGAUUGAGGACGAGGACAUGGAGUGUGUGACAAGUUUGUAGGGGGAACAGCAGCACAGAGGACUUCCUGUGUCUUAGCCCAGCUCUCUCAGAGGACACUGCUGUCCUUCAGUCUGACUCGUCUGUUGCGUGUACCUGCUGUAGGGGUAUAAGGCCAUUCUGCUUCGCUGAAUCCGAGUUGGUUUUUAGUUGUCUGUGUGUUUGCAAGAGCACGAGCGAGUAGGCGUGUGUACAUGUUUGUGUGUGUGUGUUUCUAAAGUGCCUCACAGUUCUCACAACCUUAAGGGAUUGCAGUAAGGAAGAAAUGGAAAAAACCCUGACUGAGCAGGGGACGAAGGGAAAAGAUGCGCUGUUGCUCAUUGAGUGGGAUCUAUUUGCUGGGCCCCUUUGGGACAGAGCGAGUCCUGUGUGUGGUGGAAGUCACCUUUAAGACUUAACAGGCCCCUCCUCCUCUCCUGCGGUUCUGCAGGCUGUGGUGCUGAGCAGGUGGAUCAUGAGGGCUGAGUCUGGAAUUUUUCAUCCAGGUGCCAUCGCAGGUUCGAGAGAUGCUCAGAGAGAAAUACCGGACAAACUGGAUCGGUGAACGCCACUCAGAUACAGCCCCUCUCUCUCCUUUUACGGGGCUGUCCUUCCAUUCAUCAGGAGAAGUGCCGUUUGCAACCACCCUCACAUCACUCUUCUCCUUUUACAGUUUUUUUUGUUAUGACAUUUGCUGCGUUUUGGAUUUAUGAUUUCUACCCACAAUUCUCUAGUUAAGCUUGCACAUAGCUUUUCAGUUAUUAGUGGAAAGACUGAACUCCCUGAAUUUCUCUCUCUCAUGUACCGGUACGGCUUUGAGGUAGCUGCUAGCUGUGAAAGGUACAGGUCAUUGCAUCAGUGGCCUUUUAUUCCAAAUCUACUUCUGUAUUCUGCCAAUUGUUUUUUUUUUUUGGGGGGGGGGGGUACUUGUAACAUUGUUUUUCUUGGAUUGCAUACUGAUGGAUGCUGUUAUCUUUUCUAAAUUAUUAUUGAAGGCAUUCAAGAUGUUUAUGCCGGAUGCAGUGUUGUAUUUCUGAAAGAUGUGACUCUAAUGCCUCGUACAGAAAAAAGUUAUUUAUUUAUUUAUUCUUGUCAGAGUUGAAGCAUGUUCAGAGGGGUUCAGUCUAUCUUAUGAUGUUUAUUGGUUGCUCACAAGCUGUAAUUGAGCAGUGAAACUCACCUGGACGCAGGUAGCACUGGCAGGUCUCAUGGUUUCCCUUACUGCUGUUGGAUUGGACUCAUGUUUGUUCCAAAACUACUGACGUUUCCUCACUGCUGAUCUACAAAAACAUUCAGUCGACAGAACGUUAUUGAAGCGCUGUGAUUCUGUCAUUGAUCUCGCCUGCUCCACACAGGAAACAGCAGAGCUCCUGAAGGUCAGUCAAGGUGCACUUUGAGGAGAGAGGGUGGAGUUUUCAGGGAUGUCUGGGUAGCGCAUAAUUUUAAAAACUCUAAUGUAGUUCUCACAGGGCUAAAUAUAUUACCAUCAUACCAACUCAGCAGUAUCAUCAUCAUACAAUGUUAUUAAUUGCAAUUAUUAUUACUACUAUUAUUGUUAAGAAUAUAUAUUUAUUUAUUUUUUCUGCUGGGGUUUAGCACUGUAUCCAUGCAGUUUGGCAAAUACAACCUACUUUUUGAUCUAUUAUGCAAAUAAGCAUUAGCAUUGUGUUGGUAGUGUGUAAACGGGAUGGAGGGCAUCCACUAAACACAUCCACUAAUGAAAAACCUGACCAAUCCGCUUCCAGGAGUCUUUGUUUAUGAUUAUAUGAAUCUCUCUUUCCGUAUAUGAAUAGAUAAUUGACUAUUUUUGUCUGACUGAAUCUUUUCUUCUUUUUAUAACAAAUGUCCUGGAUUUUCCUGGUGUUUCAUUCCAGGUCCUGGACAAUGAAAUCCUGCAUUACAUACAUACCUACUUUUGAUUUCGUUUACCGGCCCUGUGCUUUUGUUUAUGAAUUAGUUCCUGAAUGUUUACAGGAGGUCACUGCUCUGAAGAUAAUGCAAAGCUUGUGAAAAUAUAAAAAAAAAUAAGAAAAAAAAAAAAAUGGAAAAAUGUAGCCAGAACCCACCUGCUCUGUUCCAAAGCCACCACCACACCACAUCUCCUACACACACGUGCCAUGUGUCAUUGUGCGGCUGCCCCAGGCAUAAUUUGAGGCCUUGGUUGUGAAUGUGUGUGUCUGAGUGUGUUUAUCCAAGUUUAGUAUAUGCAGUGUGCAGAACUGAGUGCGUAUGUGUGCAAGUAUUCAUGUGUGGUAUGAAGGCUGUGUUUGUAUUUGUGAUUAGUAUAUGCAGAAUGAGUGUGUGCGUGCAUGCGUAUGUGCUUGCAUAACACAAGAUAUGCAAAAACAAUGCAAUAACUUUGACUGUACAACAGUUUCAUUCAGAACUACAGCUGUACAAAAAUUUAAGAUAUCUAGAGAGAAUAUAUUCACUGUUGUGUAUUAAGUUACAGAACUUUAAAUUGAAGAAACCUGUCAUACUUGAAAUCGGGUGCAUUUGAGUAUUGCGUCUUUUGAAAUAAUCUUGUGCGGGUCAGUUUGGUUUGAUGUUUUUUCUUCUGUUGGUUUAAAUUAUCCCUGCAUGAGGAUUAUUUUGGUGUGCCAAGCUUUUAAUAACUUUUUUUGGUUUUCAUUUUAAACAUUGAGAAAACACUGAUGACGAUGAGGAGUCUAAUGAAUCGUGAAGGUGUAAAUAGAGAUGGAGGAGAGAUGCGUCUUGGUGUGAAACUGAUUUUGCAUAUCUUGUGCUCAUCCAGCUGAAAGGUGCAUGAUACGCAAGAGCAGCUCUCUUUCACUUUCCUAUUACAUUCCCUCUUUCCUUUUUAUCUUUCCAUUCACUCACCCUCCUGUUUUUCAGCAGACAUCACAGUGAAAAAGUCUUAUUUCUGUACCCACGCAGGUUUACAGGCUUGCUUUGAUUUCAGUGUGGAUUUUGUUGGUCAUUUACCUGAAUUAUCGCCAUUUUUGAGGCUGCCAUGAAAUAUUAGAAAUCCCUUAAAUUUUGUGUGUCAUUUUUCAUGUCUCAUGGACAAUCUGCAUUUUGGGGGAGGAUACUUGAUCUGAAUGGAAAAAGUUAGAUUUUUUGUCUUGCAUGGAAAUGCUGGAGUCUGAAAAAUGGACCUAGCAGACAGGCUCCUCCUCUCCGUUCAUUAGCCAAUGAUUGUAUAUUUUUAUAGACUAUAGAGAAGAAUUUCCACACACAAGAAGAGAAAAUAGAAACAUCUAUAUCUGCUGAAUGUCAGGGUUGAAAUGGCUACACACAACAGUGUUAGAGAAUGUAUGUAGUGACUUAUACGUAUAGAUAGAAAUUACAUUUUUGAUAUAGAGAAAUAUAGAGUAAAGCAUUCGUAUUCACUGCAGUAGCUUCGAAACUCCAGUUGUACGAUGGCCUAUUAAGCAGGAUGGUUGGGCGUUCAUCGAGGGAGGAGUGCAAUGAGAUUAAUCAUGUGAUUUAGGAUCGCAAGGCUUUUUCAGAGCUGCUUUAUUUUAAAUUGACACGUCACAUUCCUUUCUGAGCACCUGCACAUGAUAGAACAGUCUGGAUAAGCUUCAACUUUCAUUACACAAUAACAGCCCCUGUAAUGAAUGAAAUGCUGAGUAUCAGCAAAUGAAAAGAUGGUGGGUCUACCAGAGACUGCCUGAGAUUGCCCAAAUCAUUUAAAUGUAGCUUUCCUUCUCUCAGAGAAUCAUAAGUUAUUUUAUAUAUUUUAAUAUAUGAGAAAUAUAUAUCAAAUGGAAGUGUAGAUGUUACACACUUGUAAAGGGCACAGCCAAAGUUGGAUGGGGAAGGGUGGGUCAGUCCACUGAUGGACUCUUGAUUGGUUGUGGUGUAUUAUUCAGUUUACUAUUUGUAGCAGUAGCAAGCACACAAGUUUUCCCGAGAAUAUAGUUAAAGUUGUAAAAAAUAGGUCACUGAAAGAUCUUGCUUUGUAUCUUUUUUGGCAACAUGGACUUAUUUAAAGCUUGAUGUGUUUGGAAAUGUACAACCCUCGUAAAAUAGGAAAACAGACUUUGGUUUUCAAGUAUUGUUGGAAAUGAUACAUGACUGAAAUUCUUCAAAUUCACAACAUUUUACAAUAAACUGCAGUACUACUUACCAAGUUUUUCCAAGGCGUUUUACUGUAGUUUCUUUAUUUUAGGGUGAUUGUUUUUAUUUGGAUGUAUCCAGUAAUGAAGGAACAAGAAGAGUUUCCUUUAAAGGAAAGAUUUUCGAAAUGUUAACAUUAAUUAGUGAAUUUAUUAAGGAAGUCUGUAUUCCAAGCAUUUGACUGGGCAGUCCUGUGAAUGGUUUUCUGGGUUAACGUGCUUUUACGGAAACUCUGCAUGUGUCAGACUGAAGGAACGUGCUGUGGGGUUGAACUUUGACCCAGAGAUAGCCUGGACAGGUGCAAUGUCUGCCCUCUGGUUUAUCCUUUGUGUAGCACGUAUCUCUAAUGUCCUCCUUUUAUACGACUGUUAAUUUGAUAUUAUAAUAAGUUAAUGUAGUACGUUAAUGAGUUUUAACGAUAAACUAAAAGCUUUUGUGGUGAUGCAAUAAUCACAAUUUGCACAUUUAAACCACAUUUAGUUUGAUACAUUUUACACAUAAUCCAAGUAAAGGAUGAAUUUAUGCAUAGAUUUUAGAUUGUGUAAAUAUUAAUUUCGACCUAAGCUCAAAAUGUCAAUCUUGCCAUAGUUUCAUUACGACAGAUGGGAUGGUAAAUUAAUGCAGAUUUGUUUCUUUUCCUGCAGAAGGUAAGACAGGUCUUCAGGUGUGCGUUAGCAUUGAUAUCAGUGUUUUUGAUACACUGAUGACAUUUGGAACCCAAAUUCAUGGGUAGCUUAGUAUUAUUGUGUUGUUUUCCAGUACAAAUAUCAAGUUAAUAUGACUUGUUCAGAGAAUGUAUCUUGAAAUAUGUUUUUUAUUACCCCAAUGGCAAAUAGUGGCAAAUGGCAACAAAAAGAUGAGUGAGGCUAAUGCUUAAAACCCCCCACAUAUAUUUAAGGAUAUUUAAAUAUUUUACUGGAAAACAUGACAAAAAUACUGAUUUAGAAAAUGAUUGCAGAAUGCAGUAGAGUUUCUCUAAACCAAUAAGAGGCUUUUGAGUGACAUUUCUCCCACCUCCAGUUCCACCCAGUGAAUGUAGCACUAGAGACCAAAAGAGAUGGGCGGAACAUUAAAGAUUUUAACGAGGAGCUCUUAAAGGUUUUACAAGUACUUACUGCACAAAUUUAUAUGUACAACUGAAGUGAAAUUUUUUUUAACAAUUUAUUUCAGUCACAUCCUGCUUUCUGCAGAGAAGAAGAAAAUGUUUUGAUCAGGUCUGAUUGAGUCGAGUUGCUUUCUGUCUGGUUGGUUUUCUCUUUCUCUAAUGGGUGGCAGGACUGAGGGAGAUCAUUUAUUGACAGCACCGCAAUGCAGCCCGUGAUUCUUUAUGUCUAGAGCAAUGAUAUAGAAACUCUAAUCUGUGUUACACUAUUGUUCCAGAGGUUGGGGGCUGAUUUGGUUCAUGUUUAACUAUCAAAGAUGAGUCAUCACACACAAAAGGAGGAAUCUUAGAACAGAUUGUCUCUGUUGCUUUAUUUUGAUGACCACAUGAGCAGCUUUCGUAGUUUUAAUUAUGAUGGUGCGGAUGGGAUAUGUAGUCUUGAGGUCCUGAGUUGGAUGUUAGAUUUAUGAGCUGAACUGAACUAAAUUAGAUGUGUGUUGUGCUUUUGGUAGACUUCGAAGGCAUCAGUGCUGACCAUUCAGGUCUCUCAAGAAACACCGUAAGAGGUCAUUCAUAUUUUGGAAUAUUUAAUCAACUUUAGAGCCCAGGUGUUAUUGAAACCUCAGUGAGACGUCUGCAUGGUCUGUCAUUCCCUCCUUUUGUUUCAUUUCCAUCAUUCAUUUGUUCAUUUAGAUUUUAAAAGAAUACGCUACGUAAAUCUGAAGAUUCAAUCACUUUUUCUACUCCUAUUUUCCAAAAAAAAAAAAAAAAAAAGUGAAAAGAAAAACCAACAAAAAAAUUUGGAUUUGUAAAUAAGUAAUUGUACAGUUUGUAUCUGUAUCUGUCAGUCUGUCUUUGGUGACAGAGUGUGUCUUGCUUAUAACGCACGCUACCAGUAAAUAAAAACUAAAAAAAUAUCUUUAGAUUGUAUGGUUCUUGACAGGAAGUUUUAAAUUAAUCUCUGCUGUAUAUUCCUGUAAUAUUGCAUUUUUAUCUGAGGAAUGAUGUUAUUAAACAAUUGCAAAUAAAUUGAA